AUGUCAUCUACCCGCGCGAUCAACUUUCUCAACUUUAAUCAAAUCGGAUCGUGUAUAUCGAUGGGUACCUCUGAAGGAUUCGAAAUCUUCAAUUGUGAUCCAUUCGGAAAAUUCUAUUCCGAUGAGAGUGGAGGAUACGGAAUUGUAGAGAUGCUGUUUUCGACCUCACUGCUGGCAGUUGUCGGAGUGGGUGACCAGCCGGCUAUGUCCCCUAGAAGGCUGCGAAUCAUUAACACCAAAAGACAUUCAGUUAUCUGCGAGGUGACCUUUCCGUCCACGAUUCAGGCAGUGAAGAUGAACAAAGCCCGUUUAAUAGUGCUGCUUCAAGACCAAAUAUACAUCUAUGACAUUAGCACCAUGCGUCUGCUACACACUAUAGAAACCGCCACAAAUUUACGAGGGCUAAUCGCAGUGUCACCCUCUUUGGAGAACAACUAUCUCGCUUAUCCUUCUCCUCCGAAAGUAAUAAAGUCAGAAAUAAAGGGACACGCGACAACUAACAACAUCAGUCUGUCAUCCAACGACGUGGGGCUCAAUCUAACCCAGAGCCGCCCUGGAGAUUCUUCGACCGAGGUUGGACCGCGCACAACAACUGGAGAUCUCAUAUCAGGUACAAAUCAGUCGUUAGAAUCUGAAAACGCUCCUAUUACUUCUGCUCCCAACCAUAGUAACUCCAAGAACGCCAAUAGUAUAAUGAAAAACGGUGAUGUUAUCCUUUUUAACAUGCAGACUCUUCAACCAACUAUGGUGAUAGAAGCACACAAAGGUGAGAUAGCAGCUUUGGUGCUAAGUAGGGAUGGUACGCUCCUUGCUACUGCUUCUGAAAAGGGCACUAUUUUAAGGGUGUUCUCCGUAGAGACCGGGUCAAAAGUGUACCAAUUUCGGAGGGGAACAUACCCCACCAAAAUAUACUCUAUGUGCUUUAGCGAUGACAAUCAGUUUCUUGCUGCUAGCUCAUCUAGUAAAACUGUCCACAUUUUCAAGCUCGGGAAAGCGGCCUACGUAACUGGAAACGUGGAUGCUAAUAAUAGUGAUCUCGAGGAUCAGGAAGCCGAUGACUUCUCUAUAGAGGAACUGGAAGAGGGGGAACAUGAAGAGAUUGCAUCGCUAGGUCAAAGCUCAUCUGCAAGUUUUGAUUCUGCACAAACCGAUACUCAUUCCAAAGAGCCUGUUGUGGAUGCCUCAAGAAGGACCGUUGGUAGAAUGAUACGAAAUUCUUCUCAAAAACUUUCCAGGAAGGCUGCAAAGACUUUAGGUGCUUACUUUCCUAUAAAAGUUACGUCCAUUCUGGAGCCAUCAAGACAUUUUGCGAGCUUAAAAUUACCUAUCGAUAGCGGUACAACGAUAAAAUCUAUCACUACAAUAGGACAACCGGUAGACAUAGACGCAACAGAAUGCCCAGAGUUAUUCGAGAACAGUCUUUGGGGAUCUAGCGCCAAUGAAAACAAGCCUAACCUGAUGAAGAUGGUUCCUGUUAGAGUCAUUUCUUCCGAUGGCUACAUGUAUAACUACGUUCUGGAUCCAGAGCGUGGCGGGGACUGUCUUCUAUUAAGUCAAUUUUCGUUAGUAAUGUAUUAG